AUGGAGCUGCAUGACUUGGUGAGUUUGGUACGAGAUGAAACAAGAGAUGCCAUUGCUACGUUCGCGAAAUUACCUAUCCUAAAUGGUAAUGAGGUUAUGCUAAUGUUGGAAAACAUCUGUACCGAGUGCCUGGGAGGAUCGUGCAACAGCGAGGUUGAUGUGAGACGUUUUAGCAGCUGGUGCAGGUUUCCACUUUAUGAAGUUGACUUCGGAAGGGGGAGGCGGGAUUGGGACACCAAAUGUGGGGGAGCCAUUGAAGCAUGGGUGAAUUUGAAUAAACCAGACAUGCUCCACUUUCAACAAGACCUGGACAUUGUAGCCUUCACUUCUCAGUAA